AUGAAAAACGGAUCUAAAGAAAAUUUGACAUGGAAGAUCAACUAUCUUGCAGCCCAAGUUGGCGAAAAGACACACAUGAAGACGGCCAUUAUGGCUGCAUCAAGAGCAAAACAUCAACAGAUCCAUAAUCCAAACUUUCAACCAACAGAUACAGAGGCUUUAAAAGAGGAGUUGCAGAAUACUAGAAAACUGAAGCUAGAACAUAAACUGCAUCAAGGAAGAAGAGAGAUAAAAAGUGCAUUAAAGAAAUCAAAGAUUAUUGAAACACAAAAGCAGAUCAAAAAGAUAAAGUCAGCCAAGGCCAUGGGAGAAAAUGAUUAUAGGAAUGAUGAGAAGGAAUCUCAAAAGAAAGUGAAGCCAGAAGAUCUACCAAAGCUUGAAAAAGAACUAGAUAUGCUGAAGCAUGUGGAUCUUGAAUAUCUUGCAGAUAAAAAAGUCAAAUCGACCCUUCAAAAGAAUACUGCAUUCAAGAAUGAGGAACUAGUGAAACAAGUGAUAGAUAGUAUUGAGAUAAACAACAAGUACCCAGAGGAUAUCGACAAGUUGAUAUUAUCCAAUAUUGAAGCAAGAUUAUUAGCGCAUAAGUCAGUUGUGGCCGAAGUUCAAAGCAUCACUCAGUCCUUUAUCAGCAUCUUGAAGGGAGAUGCAGAAAAGAUUGAGAAAAAGAAGGCCGAGGAAUUAGAAAAGAAGAAGAAGGCUGAGGAAGCGAAAAAGAGAGCAGCUGAAGCAAAUGACGAAGGACAAGGCGCUAAGAGACAAAAGAUGAAUGGCAAACCUAAUGCUUCAUCCAAAUUUACAGAUUCCUUGACAGAAUACGAUGAAAAGAAUGAUGAAUUCUUCAAAAAGAUCUAUGAAGGCGAGACGAAAAAGAAUAGACCAGGACAAAGACAGAGAAGAAAACAAUGGGAAGAACUGUAUGGUAGAAAGGCAAAUCACAUUUCUGAACAGUAUAAGAAACGAGAAGAGAAGCGACUAGCCAAUCCAGACUAUAAACCAAAGAAAAAACAAGAAAAGAAAUUAGAAAUUAAGAAGGCUCCUGCUGAGCCUAUGCAUCCAUCAUGGGAAGCCAAACGUCAACAACAAGAGAUGAUGUCUAAGGCUUUAAGCGGAAAAGUGUCCUCAAAUAAUAAAAUUGUGUUUGAUGACGACUAA